AUGAAGUCCCCGCUCGGUAAGUUUCGGGGAUUUAAGCUCCACAAGAGCGAUUCGAAAGAUAAAAGGGACUUCCUGCAUCCAGCUCACUUAGAUGAGCUCGCUCAAGCUGCCGAGGACAUGCAGGAUAUGAGAAACUGCUAUGAUAGCUUACUUUCAGCAGCUGCUGCAACAGCAAACAGUGCUUACGAAUUCUCGGAGUCACUGCGGGAAAUGGGGACCUGUCUGCUGGAGAAAACUGCAUUGCACGAUGAUGAAGAAAGUGGCAAAAUUCUGUUAAUGUUGGGGAAAGCACAAUUUGAACUUCAGAAGUUUGUUGAUAGCUACCGGUCUCACAUAUUCCUGACGAUCACAAAUCCAUCUGAAUCUCUUCUAAACGAACUUCGGACAGUUGAGGAUAUGAAAAGACAGUGUGAUGAGAAAAGGAAUGUAUAUGAAUAUAUGGCUGCCCAGCAAAAAGAAAAGGGAAGGUCAAAGAGUGGAAAAGGCGAAACUUUCACUAUGCAGCAAUUACGAUCUGCUCAUGAAGAAUACAAUGAAGAGGCAACAUUGUGCAUUUUCCGGUUGAAAUCUCUGAAGCAAGGGCAGUCCAGAAGCCUGUUAACUCAGGCUGCUCGUCAUCAUGCAGCUCAGUUAAAUUUCUUUAGGAAAGGGCUGAAGUCCCUUGAGGUGGUGGAUCCACAAGUAAAACUAGUUACCGAACAACAUCAUAUUGAUUACCAGUUCAAUGGACUGGAAGAUGACAGUAGGGAGGAUGGUGAAGACAAUGCUGAAGCUAUUAAUGAUACCACUGAAGGCGGGGAACUAAGUUUUGAUUAUAGACUAGAUAAUAAGAAGCGUUAUGAUACGUUGCCUUCAAGGAGUUCAAUGGAGGUAGAUGAUCUUUCAUUCCCCCGGCAUUUUGGAACAAACAACGCAGAGUUGAACCCAGACAGAAACCACGGAGAUUUACCAAUCUCAAGUAGAGAACCUAAAUCAGGGAGUCACUCAGCACCAAUUUUCCCUGAAAGGAAGUUCGAUCCAGGUGAAAGAAUAAGACAAAUGCAACAAUCGCCAAGGAAGAGAAACAAUGCUUAUGUGCUCCCCACGCCAGGCGAUGCCAAAUUUGCAGUCUCUUCCCGAACAAGCACUUCAACUUCACAGACAAAGUCAACAACAGAUUAUGGUGUGCGUACUCCUCUGUGGCAUUCUUCCCCACUGGAUCAAAAGAGGCCCGAGAAAGAUCCUGGAGAGAGCAAUGGUAGUAGUAAUCCCUCCACCACCCAGUUGCUGCCUCCUCGAUUGUCGGAAGGAAUCUCAUAUGAUAACAACAAGGGGGUAAGACAAGCUUUCUCAGGCCCAAUAAUUGGCAAGAGCAUGCCGACGACAAAGCAAGGUUUAGUUACAUCUCCAAGAGUAUCGCCAACAGCUUCGCCGCCUCUGUCCUCUCCCAAAAUCAACGAGCUUCAUGAACUCCCUAGGCCGCCUGGCAUUUUGGCUGGGAAACCGGUCAAACCUACAGCAUCCAGUGGCCACUCUGCUCCUCUUGUUAGGAAUAACGAGCCUUACGUGGUUCACCGGCAUUCCGGUGGUGGGACUACUUUGGCUUCCCCUCUUCCCAUACCACCAUUAUCAGUUUCCAGGAGUUUCUCGAUACCUUCUAGUAGCCAGAGAGCGAUGAGUAUUAAGAACAAGGGCGGAGGAGAGGCUGAUUCUCCGCCACUUACACCGCUAUCACUUGCGAAUCUUAAACUGGCAGCUGCAGUGCCUGACUUAUUCCCUCGUGCUGGCCAAAUUAGAGGUAUGUGA